ACGCUUAAUACGUCAAUAGCGGGUAUUACGAGGAUUAGCUUCGGUCUAGGUAAGGAAAUCGUCGCCCUAGGUACGGUAAAAGUAAAAAUAUACUUUAGAACGAUAACUUUUUAUAUCCUACCCGUUAAUACCCCAUUUCUCUUAUAUUUAAAAGAUAUAGAUUAA